GUGAAGCGACAGCGCAAGAGGCCCAUCGGCACUAGGACCGUGUUGGAUCGCCCACUCUUCUAGAGAGUGUCUGUGAUCACUGUCCACGACAGACAAGUCAGCCAUCCUCGCGAAGAAGCGAAGAAGCACCGUGCAAAUAUAAUAGUUUGCGAAAGGUUGUGAAGAUGGAUCGUUUCAGUGGUAAAGAAACAUCGGCUAGGCAGCAGACACCGGCAAACAAGAUUUGAGUCGCGAGCAGUGUUAUAAUGUUCAGCGCAGUCAACACUAUGACUGAUGGGGACUAUGAUUACCUCAUCAAGCUCCUGGCUCUGGGGGACUCUGGAGUAGGGAAAACUACCUUUCUAUACAGAUACACGGACAACAAGUUCAACCCCAAGUUCAUCACCACAGUGGGAAUAGACUUCAGGGAAAAGAGAGUGGUAUACACAGCGUCGGGCCCCAAUGGAACCACAGGGAAGACCUUUAAAGUUCACCUCCAGCUCUGGGAUACAGCUGGACAGGAGAGGUUCAGGAGUCUGACCACAGCCUUCUUCAGAGAUGCCAUGGGCUUCCUGCUCAUGUUCGACCUCACCAGCCAGCAGAGCUUUCUCAACGUCCGCAACUGGAUGAGCCAGUUGCAGGCCAAUGCGUACUGUGAGAACCCAGACAUGGUGUUGGUGGGCAACAAGGCAGACCUGGCGGACCAGAGAGAGGUGCAGGAGGAGCAGGCUAAGGAACUAGCCGACAAGUACGGGAUCCCGUACUUUGAGACGUCGGCAGCGACAGGGUCUGAGGUGGACAAGGCCGUCAUCACUCUGCUAGACCUGGUCAUGAAGAGGAUGGAGCAGUGUGUCGACAAGCCCACCGCCGAGCCCGCCAACGGGGGAGGAGCCACCAAGCUGGAGGACGCCGCGCCUGACCAGAAAAAGUGUGCAUGUUAGACUUGGCCCCUCCCACGUCCCCUUCUCCCUACUCUGAUUGGUGCUCUAGCACCCCCUCUGGUGGCCAGACACAGAAGUGCAGCAGCAUUAUGACAGCGUGAUGUGUGAGGGGGCAGCUCAGUCAGCCACACUGCAAUGGCGCUGUAGUUCUGGCCUUGCACGGUCUGUGUGUACUGUGCUGGGCCUGACUAUAUGUCUCUCCUGUCCUGUCCUGUCCUGUGUUGCGUCUCAAAUGUCACUCUAUUCCCUAUUACAGAACUCCCCGAGUGGCACAGCGUUCUGAGGCACUGCAUCUCAGCACUAGAGGCGUCAUUACAGACGCCCUGGUUCGAUUCCCGGACUGUAUCACAACCCGCCGUGAUCGGGAGGUCCCAUAGGGCGGCACACAAUUGGCCCAGCGUCGUCCGGGUUAGGGUUUGGCCGUCAUUGUAAAAUAACAAUUUGUUCUUAACUGACUUGUCUAGUUAAACGAUAACUAAAAGGUCAAAUGAAGGUUAAAUAAAUAUAGUGCAUUACUAGUCAUACAGUGUGAAUAGGGUGCCAUUUGAGACAAGAGUCUGGCCUACCAGAGGCCUAUGCUUUUAUAGGACUUUAUAUCCCAAUGUUGUUUACAAGUGUAUGUCCAAUCUAAUCUACUGCCUUGGCUGUUAAGGCCCUAUCCAUAUUACAGUACCAAUAUUACAGGAUAUUAAUAAAAACAUGUGACCAGUUAUUUAUAUAUGAUUUAUAUUUCAUUUUUUUUGUGUAUUUUAAAUAUAAGUUAUAUUUUUUUCUUUUUUUAAUGUAUUUUUUUGUUUUAGAAUAAAUGAUGGUUCCACACAUUAAUUUGAAUAAUAAUAUUCAAAUAACAGUAAACAAUAACAGUGUCUAGCUAAACAAUAACAGUGUCUAGCCAAACAAUAACAGUGUCUAGCUAGACAAUAACAGUGUCUAGCUAAACAAUAACAGUGUCUAGCUAAACAAUAACAGUGUCUAGCUAAACAAUAACAGUGUCUAGCCAAACAAUAACAGUGUCUAGCUAAACAAUAACAGUGUCUAGCCAAACAAUAACAGUGUCUAGCUAAACAAUAACAGUGUCUAGCCAAACAAUAACAGUGUCUAGCUAAACAAUAACAGUGUCUAGCUAAACAAUAACAGUGUCUAGCUAGACAAUAACAGUGUCUAGCUAAACAAUAACAGUGUCUAGCUAAACAAUAACAGUGUCUAGCUAAACAAUAACAGUGUCUAGCUAAACAAUAACAGUGUCUAGCUAAACAAUAACAGUGUCUAGCUAAACAAUAACAGUGUCAAGCUAAAUGUGCAUAAAAGACAGCAACAACUUUAUCAUAUUGUAAUAUCAGUCAGGAAAAUAUAUUGCCAAAGCAGAAAAUCUAAUCUCUUGAGAACUGCUGUUGGCCUGUUUGUCUGUGUGCCAAAAUCACCUUCACAUUUCCUGUAGUCCCGGGGCAGGAUUGUCUGUCUGUCUGUGGUUGUUAUCAAGGGCCUUUGACAUUCCUAGCUACUAAUCUCAUGUGACAGACUUUAACAAUAAAUCUAGCUAGUUAGCUAGUGCACUCGA